UCAUAUUUUUAUUUAUAUCCUUGAGUAACGCUCAUGUAUUCGUAAUUUAGAGAAACAUUUUUAAAGGAGAAUCAAUAUCAGUUGACUUUUCGCAGUAGUUUUUUUAAUACACCAUGUUUUGAAUUGUAUUCUCGAUGAUACUAUUUUUACAUCUCGUUGUAUAAAAGCGCACAGUUCAUACAGUAUAUGAUCGUUAAUUGUGUCUUUUUUAAAAUAUUCUUGCGUCAGCUAAAAUUUUAACUAAACGUUACGAUCUAAAAAUUACGAAGCAUACGAAGUUUAAUUAUUCUACGCAGAUUAUUGAAGUUUAUAAGUGAAAUUUCCGUAUUAAGAUGUUUUGUCGAAUUAUUUAUCAUAUUAAUGUCGUUAAACGAUAGUUACCAAAUCCAUGUUACGAAAUCGUAUUGUAUAAAAAAAUGUACUUGGUCAUUGCAAGUUAGUGUUGCUGUGUUUGUGGACGUUAUAAAAUGCGUCUAAAAUAUAAUUAGCGUCGUAUUAUUUAGAUUUAUAAGAAUUUAGAUGAGAUCUAUGAGUCGAUAAUGUUUGUAAUACACGAAUGAGAUAUGCAGGAUCAAAUCAAACAAAGACUUUCGCCUACUUUUCUUGUAACAUUUAAAUAUAACUUGCAUGUCCAAGUUAAAGAUGUCUGCCGUAGAGGCACCACCUUUUAUUCGAACCAUAGAAUGGGAUAUGAUGGACAAAACAAAGUUCUUCCCAUUGAGUAUGCUGUCCUCAUUUUCUGUACGAUGUUGCCUUUAUCCUCUUACUGUAAUAAAAACCCGUCUUCAAAUACAGAGACACAAUGUUAUGUAUAAUGGAAUGAUAGAUGCCUGUAGGAAGAUUUAUAAACUGGAAGGAUUUUCUGGGCUCUACAGGGGUUUUUGGAUAAGUUCCAUACAAAUUGUAUCUGGAGUAUUUUAUGUAUCAACUUAUGAAGGAGUGCGCCACUUAUUAGGAAGAGAGUCUCUUUCUCUUCAUAUAGAUUCUCGUGUAAAAGCAUUGAUUGCAGGAGGAGCUGCUAGUUUAGUAGGUCAAACAAUAGUUGUACCAUUUGAUAUCCUUAGCCAACAUGUAAUGGUUCUUGGGAUCAAUAACAAAAGUGGUAAAAUUUAUAUUGAUAAGUUAGGGAUGAACCCAUUAGGUUUAAAUCUAGAGCCUGGGAGGUCGCGUGCUCAUAUAUCUAUAGAAGUUGUAAGAUCAAUAUAUCAAAGAGACGGUUACAAAGGCUUUUAUCGUGGAUAUGUAGCAUCUUUAUGCGCAUAUGUGCCGAAUAGUGCUCUUUGGUGGGGUUUAUAUACAGUAUAUCAAGAUGAACUUAUAAAGAUAUUUCCAAUAUGGUUUUCCCACUUAUUCAUCCAGGCAGUGGCUGGUACACUUGGUGGUUUUACAACAACUAUUAUUACGAAUCCAUUAGACAUUGUAAGAGCAAGACUACAAGUGCAAAGAUUAGAUAGUAUGUUUACUGCAUUCAAGGUUUUAUGGAUUGAAGAAGGACUUAAAAUGUUUACGAAGGGGUUAUCGGCUCGUCUUGUUCAGUCAGCUUGUUUUAGUUUUACAAUAAUAUUAGGAUAUGAAACUAUCAAAAGAGUUAGUAUCAAUGAAGAAUAUAAAAGUUUUAUCAGGUGGUGAAUUUAAAAUGUCCAUUCGUAGAAAUGUACAUUUCGAUAAAAUAAAAUGCAUUUUAUUAAAAGAUAUAUUUGCGAAAGCGCAGAUGUGCACACGAACUUCUCUAGAAGAGAAGAAAAAAAAAUUAAUAAAUACACACACAUACAUAUAUGAAUAUAUGGGAAAUAGUUGAUGAUUGAAAACAAUAAUAAUAAAAAAAUGAAUGAUAGUAGAAAGAUUUGUCGAUUGUACGAAUAUACAGAAAUAUUUUCAAUAUUUGCUUAUACUCACAAUGAGUGUGGAAUUAAUGAAAUGUUUGAAAAAGUAAACAAGAAGCUACAAGUUCACAUUAAGUAGACUAUCACAAAUAUUUAAUCAUCUACUGCAUAAAGUAUUAUAGUAAAUUAGCAUAAACAAUCAGCUAUACCAAAAACUUUUGUUAAAAAUGUUGAGCAGAAUAGACUACAUAUUAUCGAUACUUUGUCAUGUUAAUGAGAUAUCUUUUACGAUAGAACAUCUAUAGCUAUGAUAUUUUCUAUGAAUUUAAUAUUAUAUUUAUGGCACAUUUAUUUCUAUAAUCACUUACACAAAUAAAUUGCUAAUCAACUCAAAUAUGCAAAUAAAAUGAUAUAAAUUGCAAUGACAUACAUACAGAGAAAAAGUUGUAAAUAUAAUGCAUCUUUAAGAUCAACUAACAGAUUUACCAUGAAUUUUAAAACGUCUAGUUGGUUAAAAUCCAAUCUGUGAUAGAGGAAUAAUUAUUUAAUAUAAGUAAAAUUGUAUUAAAUACGCAA